AGCAGGCGGAUCGUCGAGAAUUGCUUUUCCCCACAUGACCUGAAUGCAGCAUCUGGUUGCUGUUGAGCAACAAUGGCCACUAUCUGUCAGAGAUGGAGACCGGACCGAGGACGGUGCUUCAAAACCUACGGAAUCGUCACCCUGCUGUUCAUGGACCUGGUCUUGCAAUGCGUCAACGGGUAUCUGAGCUCCCCUCACGUGGGCCAGGAGCCCCCCUACACGAGAGAUGCCCAGCACGGGCCCGUCAUCACCAGCCCAGUGGUCCUUGCUGCAUCCUCAGUGUCUCCUGCUGAUGAAGAGAACCACACUUACAAGUGUCCAAGUGGGGGUCUGUGUAGUCGUCUGCCAGCUGAUUGCGUUCAGUGCAAUUACCAGUACAACUGCACCUACGGGAAGCCAUCUUCCUUCACCUGCAAACCCAUAAAUGGGGUUCACUGUAUAGGAGAGUCGGGAGAACAGCAAACCAACUUCUCUCUCUCCGUCAUCUGUCAGUUCUGCUGGCAGCUGGAUCCGUCCCAGUAUCGCUGCUCAAACUCCACCAACUGUAUGACAGUGUCCUGCCCGCGCAAGCGCUACAACGCCACCUGUGACGUGUUGGACCAUGUGCACUGUUUAGGUAAUAGACAUUUUCUGAAGCGUUUAUUUUGUGACUGGACCGGAGGAUACAAAUGGUCAACAGCAUUAGCACUCAGUAUCACACUUGGUGGAUUUGGGGCAGAUCGGUUUUAUCUGGGCCAGUGGAGAGAGGGUCUGGGAAAACUGUUCAGCUUCGGAGGCCUGGGCAUUUGGACUUUGAUCGAUGUCCUUCUGAUUGGGGUUGGUUACGUGGGACCUGCUGACGGCUCUCUCUACAUCUGAAGUGGAGCCCCCGGGGAGACAUAGUUGAAUGGUUUGUGGACCCCUCUGCUUCACUUUUCCUGAAGACUCGAGAUCUGAGAUGCUGUGUUCUCAGCACGUUCGCCUGCCCGAGCUCGCUGUGCAACACAUCCUCAUCCCAGCUGCUAACAGGCAGGAAGUGUUUUCCUCAUCGCGCCAACGGUGACUCUUCCCACACAGCCAUCAGAUCAAUCCCAAUCAUUCUGCGUCCGUCUACUGUUGCGAGUGUGCAGACGGAGCUGUACAGGCGGACUAAGAUCUAGUAAUUAUGUCUAUCUGGUUGGUUUGACUUAACCGGUGGUUCGGCUCUGUCAUGCUGAUAUAUAGACAGGGUUUGGUUUCCUGUGGAGCCACGCUUUCAUAGACACCCUGUCACCUUGGAGCCGCGUGUUGCUCCUCCCUUAUUGCAAGGUAAAAACAUCAAUGGGUGGGGGGGUCAAAUGGUAACCAUGGCUACAGAGCCUUUUAUGGUAACACCAGACACAAUAGACGAGCUAAAGUUUAAUAUUUAUUGCCCGACGGUAAGCACAAUUGUGCAAAAGGGAACACGCUCAGUGUUUUUUUUGACAAGCGACACAGUACUUGCUCCUCUGGAUGGCGGUUAUUUUGCAUGUGCAGGCGGCCACAACUGUAAGAAUGCUCCCCCAAGGGCUCAUUGAUACGCCGGCCUGCUGCAACAUGUAGUCAGAUCUUUUUGGGAAAUGCACAGAUAUCCAUCUCAAACAUCGCUUGUUUGCAAACUAGUAAAUAAAUAAAGUUGCACUAGCAAACUGCAGUUACUUGUGGUUUCCUGCGUUGGGAGGUUUUGGAGAUAUCCUGUGCAUUCAACGGGUCCCCCCCCCCUCCCUUUCAAACCCAUGAUCAUUCUUCAUGUUGUUUGGAUAAAACUAUUAUCUGUGUACUGACACUUUCAGAUCUGCGCUCAAGACUCGGUGGUUCCCCUCACUUCGUGUAAAUAUGUACUUCAGUGUCAGGUUAUUUUAAUUUGUUGGAACACUAUGAAUGGCAUGUUGUUUUUUUUUUAAGUUAUAUAAAUAAAAUGUUGAAACUUAA